UAGAAGUUGGAGGAGGUGUAGAACAAGGAGUCGGCUCAUCAGUUUUGCCAACGUUUGAGCAGAUCCUUCAGCUAUCCUCCGGAACGGAGUAUCUACAUGGCACAUUGACACCUGGAGAGCAGGAAGAACAUCAUGAUGGUCGUGCUGGUGUUCAUCUAGAUCUAGAACCUGCAGUUGAACCCGGGGUGCUAGGAUCAGCAUUCGAAUCUGCUUUAGUUAAGGCUCAGCUUUCAAUGGUCAUAGGGGUUGGUCACUGAGAUCGAAGAAGCGACCUUCCCUUGAGAGUAGAACAGCGGAAGUAAACGAAGGGAAAGGGGAGAGCUUUGAAGGGGGUCUCUUCCGUUCAGCAUCAUGAUGACCAUUGAGUGCUGAGCUUCAAUUUAGAGCCAGGAGCUGAAGCUGCCGUAGAAGGACUUGCUGAAUCUAGUGCAUUCGCUGAUGUUGCUCCUCAUCAGAACGACGACUUGG